AUGGUGCUAAAGUGGGACAACUCUGGAUACCAUGCCUUCGCGAGCUCUGAACGCGCUACGGAGGAGGAAUGUGCAAAUCCAAAAAUUCGUGCGAACAUAGAAAAUCACCUGAUGAAAGGCAAGGUUCGACACACCUACCUAAUCGGCAUCUUACUGUGGGCUGCCUGCAGCCUCGCUCAUGACUUUGCGCUGCUGCGGGGCGUGGCAGAGCACGUCGCGCUGAAGAUCGGGCUUGCAGUUUUCUGUUGCCAAAUUGUGACGUGUGUGGCGGCCUUUGUGUGGGGCACUGGUGCUGCUGAAGUAUUUAGAAGUGGGGAGUGUUAUUACCGGCUGAAGACACUGAUCACUCUGGCAGUGGUGAUUCCCCCGUUCCUGCUAUUGGUUGCGGCUGAACGCAAGUAUCAACGAUUUGUGCUAUCAGUGUGCCAUGGUGACUACUUGUAUUCAGUGCAGUAUAGCGUGCCUUUCAGGGCUGCCAAGUCCACACUGCCUCACGACCCAUCUGCGACACUGUUGACGCCAUCCUUACGUGGUGACGGUGGCCAAGAUACACACGACUGUCCACCACCACCGCUGUCAUUUUCGGAGAUUCGUGAUAUGGAACGGCUGAUGUCUUUCAUCUAUGCAUUCUGGUGUGCGGCGCAGCACCUUAUCAUUGCUCCCUUCGCUGUAGGUCCACUCUUUCGAAGGAUAGUGCAAGUUUCAUUCUCCUGGAACUGGUCCACAAAAGCAACGGGCAUCCUGAAGAUGGCGGUUGCCGGAAUGCUGUUCUCAUCUGCUCUUGCCGGUUUCUAUCCUGCAUUCCGUGUCUGCCGAUCUCAUCCGACCAAUUGUUCCAGCGAGAAGGAGCGAGACUACGCUACGGAAGACCUUGCAACUUGUGCAAGGAGAUUGGCAACGCGAAUGAUCAAUCUGUUUGCCUUGUGUGUGGGACCCAUCUUCGGCCUAGGUGCAUUAUGGAAGCUGUACGGCUUCUUGGCAAGACGUUCGAUCACCGGAAGUUUGCUUGACGACAGUUGGCAGUGGUAUUUGCACGGGACUUCUACCUAUAUGUUCGCAUGGCUCUCUUGCUCCAUGUUGCCAUUCUUCAAGGACUCAACGAUCAUGUUGAGAGCCCGCACGCUACGUCUCGACUUUGACUUGGACAGCCGGUCCUUGCGGGAAGUGGUUGAACGCCAUCCAGAUUGGCAGAUGUUGCCGUACCUGUCAAACGACUUGCGGGAUGGCACUAAACUUCAGACCUUUCGAGAGAUGCUGGAAGAUGAUGAUGAAAACCAAUCACAUGUGCAGCAACAAGUAUGGCCAAUUGCCUACACGAGACACUCAGAGAUCUCAGAAAUGGACACACAGCGGUCAUUUCAAAGCACUAUUGAUUCCUGGGCUUAG